GGGAGCCGAGAGUAGGGGGUGGGACUGGGUUUAGCAGGAGACCUGGAGGCCGGGGCCGCCUCCGGACGCCCAUCUGCCGGUCUUACUCGCUCCAUCGAUUCGGAGGAGCGGCGGCGACCUCGGCCUCCAGCGUCUCCGGCGAACUGUAGUGGCUGCUGCGGCGGUCAGGAUGAUGUUGCUGGGUUUACUGCAGGCGGGCGGGUCGGUGCUGGGGCAGGCGAUGGAGCGGGUGACCGGCGGCAACCUCCUAUCCAUGCUGCUAAUCGCCUGCGCCUUCACGCUUGGCCUAGUCUACCUGUUCCGACUCGCAGUCGGCCACCUGGCCCCCCUGCCCGCCGGGGCGAAAAGUCCACCAUACAUUUUCUCUCCAGUUCCAUUCCUUGGACAUGCCAUAGCAUUUGGGAAAAGUCCAAUUGAAUUCCUAGAAAAUGCAUAUGAGAAGUAUGGACCUGUAUUUAGUUUUACCAUGGUGGGUAAGACAUUUACUUACCUUCUGGGGAGUGAUGCUGCUGCACUGCUUUUUAAUAGUAAAAAUGAGGACCUGAAUGCAGAAGAUGUCUACAGUCGUCUGACAACACCUGUGUUUGGGAAGGGAGUUGCAUAUGAUGUGCCAAAUCCAGUUUUUUUGGAGCAGAAGAAAAUGUUAAAAAGUGGCCUUAACAUAGCCCACUUUAGACAGCACGUUUCUAUAAUUGAGAAAGAAACAAAGGAGUACUUUCAGAGUUGGGGAGAAAGUGGAGAAAAAAAUUUGUUUGAAGCUCUUUCUGAGCUCAUAAUUUUAACAGCUAGCCAUUGUUUACAUGGAAAGGAAAUCAGAAGUCAACUCAAUGAGAAAGUGGCACAACUGUAUGCAGAUCUGGAUGGAGGUUUUAGCCACGCAGCCUGGCUACUGCCAGGCUGGCUCCCUUUGCCUAGUUUCAGACGCAGGGACAGAGCUCAUCGAGAGAUCAAGAACAUUUUCUAUAAAGCAAUCCAGAAGCGCAGACAGUCAGAAGAAAAAGUUGAUGACAUUCUCCAAACUUUACUAGAUUCUACUUACAAGGAUGGGCGCCCUCUGACAGAUGACGAAGUAGCAGGCAUGCUUAUUGGACUGCUCUUGGCAGGCCAGCACACGUCCUCAACUACUAGUGCCUGGAUGGGCUUCUUCUUGGCCAGAGACAAAACACUUCAAGAAAAAUGUUAUUUAGAACAGAAAACAGUCUGUGGAGAAAAUCUGCCUCCUUUAACUUAUGACCAGCUGAAGGAUCUAAAUUUACUUGAUCGCUGUAUAAAAGAAACAUUAAGACUUCGACCUCCUAUAAUGACCAUGAUGAGAAUGGCCAAAACUCCUCAGACUGUGGCAGGAUAUACCAUUCCUCCAGGACAUCAGGUGUGUGUCUCUCCCACUGUCAAUCAAAGACUUAAAGACUCAUGGGUAGAACGUCUGGACUUUAAUCCUGAUCGCUACUUACAGGACAAUCCAGCAUCAGGAGAGAAGUUUGCUUAUGUGCCAUUUGGAGCUGGGCGUCAUCGUUGUAUUGGGGAGAAUUUUGCCUAUGUUCAAAUCAAGACAAUUUGGUCCACUAUGCUUCGUUUAUAUGAAUUUGAUCUCAUUGAUGGAUAUUUUCCCACUGUGAAUUAUACAACCAUGAUUCACACCCCUGAAAAUCCAGUUAUCCGAUACGAACGAAGAUCAAAAUGAAAAAGGCUGCAGGGAACUAACAUGUGAAACAUCACUGUAAACCGCAAAAGCAUUUGAAGAGAAUGAAGUUUAUGAAACAACUCCUGGUGUAUUCUUUUUUUGAGUAUAAUUUUAAAAGACAGCUAGCUUAACUUACGGUUUUUAUAUUUUCUUAACUGAAUGGUUCCAUCAAAUCUAAUCGCAUUUUAGAUAUUUCUUAAUAGUUUUAUGAUGGCUAUUAAGGAAACCAAACUCAUUAGUAUGAAAUUCUUUAGGGGGAUCUUGGUAAUUGACAGAUUCUAAACAGUUUCCAGGUAUUAAUCUUAACAAACGUAGCUCUUGGAAAAUAAGUUCGGGUAUUUACAUCUUGGACUAGAGCUGCAAGUAUAAAAAGGCCUAAAGGCCCAGGGAGAUACUUGGAAAGCUCAGAUUAUUUAUUUACUGGGUAAUGUUUGUGUGUGUGAGGAUGGGUGGGUAGGGAAUAAACUAAUUUAAAGCCUUGGAUAAAAAAGAAUCCCAUCAAUUGUUUUGGUAUGAUGAUACCUAGCAAUGAUGGAGCUAUGCUGUAGAAAAAAAAAAUGUCCUUUGAAAUUUUAUCUGGAAGAUUUGUCUCCAGGAAACAGAUUUGACAAUGACUAAUUACAUUUCCUAAAAAAUAAUAAGAAUGCACAUGUAUCUUAAUCUAAUUACUAAGUAUUACAUAUUUAUCUACCUGAUAAAUUUCUGUCUGGUUCCACAUGGUGACCUAAUGUGAAAGCCCAAAAUAAAGUUCUUAAGGAAUA